GCGCAUUUGGUGCGCGUCUUUUUGUGUUGAUUGUUUAAUUCUCGAGUCAAUGUCCAACGAUUGCAUCUGUAAACAAAUAAAGGUCAGUGAUAAGUAGCAGUUGUUUACACUGGCACUCCGUUUCAGUAGUUAGUGUGCGAAAUGUGGCGAUUUUUACUGGUACUAUCCUCCGCAGUAUGCAUAAACUGCAAGAUUGUGCCAAUCACAAACCAUGUACCAAUGCAACCCGAGCAGGUGCACAUAGCGUACGGCGAUAGCGUUUACGAAAUAGUCGCGACCUGGUCGACGGUCGGCGACACAAAGGAAUCUAUCGUCGAAUACGGCACCGGUUUUCAAUCUUUGAACUACACGGCCGCCGGCUCCUCCAGACUCUUCACCGACGGAGGUCGCAAGGGACGUUCCCAAUACGUUCACUCGGUCACCCUGAAGAACCUUCGACCUUCUACCGUGUACGUGUACCAUGUGGGUAGUCGAUUUGGUUGGUCGAACGAGUUUCUGUUCAGGACGCCACCUGUCGUCGAACGCUGGCAACCGAGCUUGGCGAUUUUCGGCGAUAUGGGCUUGGAAAACGCGCAGUCCUUGGCGAGGUUGGAGGAGGAUACGCACCGAGGCAUGUACGACGCUAUUUUACAUGUCGGGGAUUUCGCGUACGAUAUGAAUUCGCAUAAUGGAGUCGUCGGGGACAAGUUCAUGAAACUAAUCGAGCCGAUUGCCGCCUACGUGCCAUACAUGACGUGCGUCGGCAACCACGAGGAGCGAUAUAACUUCAGCCAUUACAAAAUGCGCUUCAACAUGCCCGGCGAUACUGAGAAUCUAAUGUUCAGCUUUAACAUGGGCCCCCUACACAUCAUCUCGAUUUCGACCGAGGUCUACUACUUCCUAAACUACGGCAUCAAGUCCCUGGUGUUCCAGUACGAGUGGCUCGAGAACGAUCUCAGGGAGGCGACCGAUCCGAAGAACCGAAGGGAACGGCCGUGGAUCAUCGUGAUGGGCCAUCGUCCGAUGUACUGCAGCAACACCGAUCCGGCGGAUUGCGCGCAUAACAGCACCUUUACGCGGGUCGGAAUCCCCUUCUUUCACAUGUUCGGCUUGGAGAAGCUCUUCUACGAUAACAAGGUCGACGUGCUCAUCUGGGCGCACCAGCACUCCUACGAGCGACUGUGGCCCAUCUACGAUUUUAAAAUAUUCAACGGUACCUACGAUCAACCCUAUCUCAACCCCCUCGCUCCGGUACAUAUCAUCACCGGUUCGGCCGGCUGCAAGGAGAACCACUCGCACUUCGACAACGAUAAGCCCUACUGGUCGGCGUUCAGAAGCACAGACUACGGCUAUACGCGCAUGAAGGCCUACAAUAAGACGCACCUGUACUUCGAGCAAGUGUCCGAUGAUCAAGGUGGCGCUGUGAUCGACUCGUUUUGGAUUAUACAGAACAAACGUACUUUCUAGUAAUUAGUUUAAUUUAAUUGUGGCAUAGUUUAAUUUAACAGCAUUGUUAACUCUAAGAUUAAGUGAUGAAGUAGGUAGGUAGUCAUCUUUUAUUAAAUAAAGACGUUGUCGUUAUUACUCCAUC